AUGGUUGAGCAUGGAGGUAGCUGCCAACCUAAUGUGGUGACCUAUAGCACCGUGAUUGAUGGCUUGUUGACAGAGGGUGAGGUGAACAAGGCUUACAGCCUAUUUUGUGAAAUGUUACAGAGGGGAAUUUCGCCGAAUGUUGUGACCUGUAGUUCAAUCAUCUCUGGCAUGUGCAAGCUUCAUGCGAUGGACAAGGCGGAGGAGGUUCUUCAACAGAUGUUUGAGAGACGAAUUCUGCCAGAUGUUGCCACAUAUACUAGUCUAAUACAUGGAUAUUAUUCAUUAGGACAGUGCAAAGAGGUGGAUUGGAUUUUAUGGGAAAUGUCUAGAAAUGGUGUUCAACCAGAUAUUGUAACUUACAAUAUACAGAUGGAUUAUCUUUGUAAGAGCGGAAGGUGCGCAAAAGCUAGGAAAAUAUUUGAUUCCAUGGUCGGUUUGGGCCAAAAACCAGAUGUUACUACCUACAACGUUCUGCUUCAUGGGUAUGCUAUGGAAAGAUCUUUUCAUGAUAUGAAUUGUCUCAUUGAGUUGAUGGAUGAUAAUGGUAUUUCACCAGAUCAUUAUGGCUACAACAUACUCAUAUCUGCUUAUGCUAAAGAAAAAAUGGUUGAUGAAGUAAUGCAUAUAUUUACAAAAAUGCGGCAGCAAGGACUGAACCCUGAUGUAGUGAACUAUGGAGCGGCAGUAAACUUGCUUUCCAAGAUUGGCCGAAUGGAUGAUGCUAUGUCCCAAUUCAAUCAAAUGAUAACUGAAGGGUUAGCUCCUGAUAUCAUAGUUUUCACCCCCCUUAUUAGUGGUUUCUGUUCUUGUGGCAAAUGGGAGAAGGUUGAUGAACUAUUUUCUGAGAUGUUGGAUCGCGGCAUCUGUCCCAACACAGUGUUCUUCAACACAAUCAUGGACCGCCUUUGCAAAAAUGAAAGGGUUAUGGAAGCCCAAGAUCUCUUCGACCUGAUGGUACACAUGGGUGUGAAGCCUGAUGUGUGUACUUAUAACACACUGAUAGGUGGAUACUUGUUCGUUGGUAAGAUGGAUGAAGUGAGCAAGUUACUUGACAAUAUGGUCUCAAUUGGCAUGGAACCAGAUGUUAUCACCUAUAACAUACUGAUUGAUGGUUACUCUAAGAAUGGAAAGAUAGAUGAUGCAUUGGUUGUUUUUAGGGGGAUGUUGGAAAGGAAGGAUAAGCCUUCUGUUAUCACUUUUAAUAUUAUGAUUGGUGCGUUGCUUAAAUGUCACAGGAAGGAAGAAGCAAAAGAUUUGUUUGACGGUAUCUGGGCCAAAGGAUUAGUUCCUGAUGUUGUUACAUAUAGCUUAAUGAUACAAAAACUUAUAGAAGAAGGUUCUCUACAAGAGUCUGAUGAUCUAUUCCUUUCUAUGGAGAAGAAUGGAUGUGCUGCCGACUCCCGCAUGCUAAAUGCUAUAGUUAGAAGCUUACUUCAGAAAGGGGAUGUGCCCAGGGCUGGGACUUAUCUGUCUAAAAUUAAUGAGAGGAGCUUCACCCUUGAAGGUUCCACAGCUACCUUGUUGACUGCACUUGCGUCAGGGGGGAGAGGCCAGGAAUAUAAGGAGUUACUCCCUGAGAAAUACCACUCUUUUCUGGAACAGGGCAUUGAUUGAAACCUUUUCUAGAGAUUUUGCCUAGAUAGUUUGGACUGCUAAUCGAGGCCUCAACGUUUCUUAGUAGCUUGCAUCCCCCAAGCUUUUCUUUUUGUAGUAUGUCUAAAUUAAAGGUCACUACUCUUACUAAUAAUUCUGGGAGGAACUUGUACUAGUAGUGAAUGUCUGACUGUGCACCAUUCUGAUGAACGACUAUCUGUGAUUCUAUUUCAAUGGGGCUGUGCGUUUGGCCUCAACUAAGCUGCAAAUUAUAUUAGUUUUCUCAGUCUUGAUUUGACCUAAUAAAUUAAUCUCAACGCCUUUUUCCUUGUCUAAAAUUUAGGCCACUUUUCUUACUAGUAAUUCUGGAUGGAACUUGUCCUAGUAGUGAAUGUCUGGCUGUGCGCCAUUCUGAAAUGUAGGUCACUUCUCUUACUAGUAAUUGUUGGAGAAACUUUGGCUAGUAGUAAACUUCUGACUGGCACCAUUUUGAUGAACGACUGUGUGUUUCAUUUAUAUGGCUGAGUACUACUUCUUCAAUAGAGUUGAACAUUCGGCCUGAACUAAGCUGCAUUUUUUAUUAGUUUUGUCAGUAUUGGAUUUGACCUGAUAUAUUAUCCUUGAAUUUUUUUUCCCUUGUGCGCUGUGCUGCUGGAGGUAUACUAGAUAUUCACCAUUUCAUAAUGCUGGGAAAACCUUGGGACCAAACCUUUGACAACUAUUGUCAAUAUCCAGCAAGUUGUUCAUGAUAUGAUGACCAUGCUGUGCCUGUACAUCAAU